AUUCCAAAUCACCAAAAUAUAUUUUUUAAUGUAGAAAACAUCACAUUAGGAUGGCAAUGUUCUUUUUGUAACAUUAAAACCAUUUUGUAUAGUUCCUAACAAUUCAAAACUCAGAGACUAUUAGCGACAUCUACACUUAAUAAUUUCUCAGUUAGCACCAGAGAAAAAGAAAAAUGUUUUCAGUGUUGCCUCCAUUAAAAUAAGUCUCUGUUUCUUGAUUUUCUAUGACUUAUUAUCAUCUUUGUAAGAGAAUAAGAGGUUGGUAGCUUCUUGGUUCCCGCGCCCGCUUUGAGAUACAGCAGUGCGUCUAUGGCAGAACCGCAGCCCGCAGCCGGCCUUACCGACGAGGCUGCCCUCAGUUGCUGCUCCAAUGCGGACCCCAGCACCAAGGAUUUUCUAUUGCAGCAGACCAUGCUACGAAUUAAAGACCCUAAGAAGUCAUUAGAUUUUUAUACAAGAAUUCUUGGAAUGACGCUACUUCAAAAAUUAGAUUUUCCCACUAUGAAAUUUUCACUCUAUUUCUUGGCUUAUGAGGAUAAAAAUGACAUCCCCAAAGAUAAAGAUGAAAAAACAGCAUGGGUAUUCUCCAGAAAAGCUACACUUGAGCUGACCCACAAUUGGGGUACUGAAGAUGAUGCAACUCAGAAUUACCACAAUGGCAAUUCAGACCCUCGAGGAUUUGGUCACAUUGGAAUUGCUGUUCCUGAUGUACAUGGUGCUUGUAAAAGAUUUGAAGAACUGGGAAUCAAAUUUGUAAAGAAACCUGAUGAUGGUAAAAUGAAAGGCCUGGCAUUUAUUCAAGAUCCUGAUGGCUACUGGACUGAAAUUUUGAAUCCUAACACAAUGAUAACUAUUAUUUAGUUCUAUGAGACUACGUCUUUGUGAUUUCAAUGAAGACAUUGUAGAGGACAAAAAGGAAACAAUGUGGUUCAAGAUAGUUAUGUAACAAAAGCAUUGAGGAUCAUUGUCCUAGUUCAAAUUAUUCUUAAGUUCAUUUCCUUUUCCUACUUCACCUAACUGUUCUUAAUUCUGGUUUUAAAAUAGUGCUUUUAUCUUAUGCCCUUGAAUGUAAUUCUGUAACUUUACUUUUUGAAGUAAUAAUUAGAACAGUUCCCUUCAGACACUGCAUUGGCCUUCAUCUGUCUUCUAAAUAAGACAUCUUUUAAGCCUUUCUUUGAAUCAUCAUUUUCAAAAAAACAUUUAACAUGUUUUUGUUGUGGAUAUCUUCUGGGGUUUCAUUCCUCAGAAAUAACUUUUCCCAAUGAAAAGUAAGGAAAACAUUGAACAAAAAUGAAACCUCAUGUGUACUUCAAACAGUAUGAAGAAUUGUGUUACAAAAGAAAGGUUCCUCUUGGAAGCAAUUGAGAAUCAUGCUGACAAGGAUGCUGAUAGAAAAACCAAUUUCUGUUCAUUUAUAAAGUACUUCCAAAGUUCAAGAACUAACUUCAUUUUUUUAGGAUGGAGAGGAGGAGGAAGGGGAUAUUGUUUACUGGAUACCCAGACACUGGACUUGGCUGUCACAUGCUUUAUCUCAUUUAAUCCUCACAACUAUCCUAUGAAAAAGGCUAAACAUAUAAAAUAACUUUAAUAAAUUGAAGACAAUAUAAAUAGGCUCAAGUCCUCAAGAUCUCAUCAUCAUGUUUAGUAUUUAGAUUGUGUCUCAAAUAUUAGUACCUCACAAUACCUCCUUUGCUAAUUUCCUGUAAAAUCCUUGGACAAGUUUGAACAUCAUCCUCUCAGCUCUCAGGCCUGAUUACCACAGUGAGGAGUAAGCAAUGGAGGAGGUCUUUAGCACAUAACUCCCCUGGGGACAACCAGGUGACUCCUGCACAGGUGGUACUUACAUUACUCCUGAAGAGUCUCUAUCCCAAGGUCUGCAUUAUGCCAUUAACCAUUUAUUAUCAAUUAUAUUCAGUGAUAACGUAACAGUUAUCAGAAGUCAGCUAAAUGAUCUUCCCUGCUGUGACUCAUAUUUGAUUGGUUUUAAAAAUCAAAGUGAUUUUGAAAAUCUCUUAUGGUCUUAAGAAUAAAAACAUCUAGUUCAUGGUUUAACUACAUUUCAAUUUUUUGCAAACUUUAAUGAAAGAUCUUUGGAUAGGCCUUGCCAACUGUGCUAGCACUGCUAGAAGCUCUUUACAUUUCCUUUUUAGAUGGAUUGGAUUUAUGAGACCAGUUCGAACAAAUACCAGUACUUAUAAAGUUAAAUAAAAUAAAAUUGUAAAUAAGUCUAUGUUUAAUUGCAAACUUCUGUCCAGCACAUUCUUUCUAAAAAAGGCUGCUCUCAGGGAGUACUACAAGGAUGUGAAAGGGCUUGCAGAUUCAUUCUGAACUGGGAAUAAUUUUAAUUCUGUACUGCCUAUAAAAAAGAUAAUUUCCGUGGAUAAAGAAGUAUAGAAGAAUGGAAAGAGGAAAGUAAAUAAGGAAUAAAGGAUUGUGGUAGAUAAUGGGCAGAAAGAAGAAAGGCCAAUUAUGAAAAGGUGAGUUGUAGGAACUGAAGAAAACCAAUUUCAUGUAUUGAGUACUAGAAUUAUCAAAAUGGGGGGGGUGUAAUUAGAUUCAUAAAUUAUCAUAUAAACCUUAUUUCCAGCCUUCUCCCUUGCUUACUCCUUAAGUCCACUUGUAUACCUCAUGCAUUGAAAAAAAAAAAAGAGAGAGAGAGAAUGUAUUGUAUUGCCAGGCCUUGCUAGGGA